UGAAACAAAACUAAUAUGGAGGAGAGGAAUAAUAAUGAAUUAGGUGACAAAUUUGAUGAGGAGCUUCCAGGGUUCAGAUUCCAUCCAACAGAUGAAGAGCUAGUAGGGUUUUACCUCACUAGAAAGAUUCACCACAAACCUCUCUCGAUCGAGCUCAUCAAGCAGAUCGACAUCUACAAAUACGAUCCAUGGGAUCUUCCAAAGAUAGCAACAAAUGGGGAGAAGGAAUGGUAUUUCUACUGCCCGAGAGACCGCAAGUACAGAAACAGCACCCGGCCUAAUCGUGUGACCGGAGCUGGUUUCUGGAAGGCCACCGGAACAGACCGGCCGAUCUACUCUUCCGAGACCAGUAAAUGCAUAGGUUUGAAGAAAUCCCUUGUUUUCUACAAAGGGAAGGCAGCAAAAGGGAUCAAAACUGACUGGAUGAUGCAUGAGUUUCGGCUUCCCUCUCUCUCACCUUCUUCCUCUUCAACCAACAAAAAUAUCCCAAUAAAUGAAGCAUGGGCGAUAUGUAGGAUUUUCAAGAAAGCCAACUCCACCACAAAGAGGGCUAUCUCUCUCUCCCAUUCUUGGCCUAAUCCACUUCUUGACACUACUAAACCUGAUGUUAUCAACCAUGUUAACACCACCCCAAUCAGUUCUAGCAUAACAACAAUGGCACACAAGAAUACUAAUAUUCCAUCGUUUCAAUACGGUUUGUGCAAUGAUUUGCACAACUCGUCCGUGGGAAGCUUCCCCACCCCAUAUUUGGGCAACGGAGACGAGUUCAAGCCUAGUUACGCGUUUUCUUGCAUUGAAACCUCGACACCAGCCUCGAGAUUUGUUGUGAAUGAUGCUACUUCCUUGUUGCUGGAAAUGUCAACGUCCAUCGUAGGAGACUUUGGGGCGGAUGCGGGCUUGAGUGCAUCGUUGAUUGGGCCUGAGGAUGUGCAGAGGAGUCUUGGCAGUGGAGAAGAAGCAGUCUCAGCACAUGAGCAAUGGAUGGAGUUUCCUUGUUACGGUCUCCCAUCGAAUUUUAUGUGGGAUUCAUUGUCUCCUUGUCCUAGUGAUUUGUCAACUAGUUAUUCUACUAACAAGUGCUACACUUGA